AUGUGGCGGUCCACACCUUUGGUUUUGGUGAAUACCACGACGCCAAGGCACGUGCUGGAGUCGAUCGCGAGCAAGAGCCAGGGGGGAACGUUCCAUUACGUUAGCGACGACAAGAGCUUUACCGUGCGGUUCGCUGAGAUCCUUGGUGGCCUCCUCAGCGUGGUGGUCCAGGACCUCAAUCUCACCGUGUGGCAGCAGCCAGGCCACUCCACGAUAGAGGCGGAGGAGGUGUACGCCGGGAGCUACCGGAAGGUGGGCGACAGCGCCGCCGGCUGGGUCACCGUCAGCUUUGGCGAUCUCUUCAGCGGCGAAGCUCGGAAGGUCCUCGUCCGCGUCCUCCUCCCUGCCGUCCACAAUGAGCACCGCGUGGCUGUCUUGCUCGCCCGAUGCUCGUACAGAGUCCGAGGAGAAACUUUCUACUGCCCUCGUGAUCACCGGAUGAGGUGCUUUAUGCGCCGUGCCAGAUCAGCCAGCCCGGGCGCCAUGAACGCGGAGGUGUCGCACGACUGCCAGCGCGGCGGGCACUUCGCCCACGCCGCGCAUGCGCAGGUACGCGGUGCAGGCCGACGAGUUCGAAAAGGAUCCCAGCAAGCCGCCGCCGCCGGAGGCCGACGACGUCAAGCAGGAGCUGGAGGAAGAACAGGCCGUGACGAGGAAGAAACCACCGGUGGCGGAGGCACGGACGUGGGUGGUCUGGGCCUCUGGGGCGGAUCACGAGAGUGUAGGAGCUCCGGGUGGUGGGCGUGGGCGACGGUGAUCCUGUGCACCGUGCUGGCCAUCGCAGUGAUCUUGGCCGGCGCGGCGGUGUUCGCCGUGUACACGCUCUUCAAGCCCAAGAUGCCGUACCUGGCAGUCUCCGACGCGCGGCUGGGGCUGCUGCAGUACGACCAGGGCGGCACAAUCCAGUCCCUGCAGAUGUCCAUCACCAUCCGGGCCGAGAACAACAACUCCAGGGCGGACGCCACCUUCUCCCGCGUCGACCUCGCCCUGGGAUUCCACGGCGUCGACGUCGCCCUCCUGCGUGCGGAACCCUUCGUGGUGGCGCGGGAGAGCUCCCUGCCGCUGCGGUACAACGUCGUGUCGGUGGGGCGGACGCUGGACGCUGAGGGGAUGCAGGCUAUGGAUGCGGCGCUCAAGGCUAGCGUGGUGCCAUUCGACCUGUUGGGCAAGGCGCGCACUCGGUGGAAGGUGGGCGUCUUCGUCAGGCUCCGGUAUUGGACGCGCAUCUGGUGCCGCCUGCGCCUCUUCUUCCCUGGCAACGGCACCGUCGUGCCCACCGAUCGUGACAGAUGCCGCUCCAGAUAG